ACUCUAGAAUUUUUGAAAAUUCCAAUGCUCCGGACAUAUUAACAAUCUCCAAACCAACUCCGAUCUUGGUUCCCACGCGCUUAGUCUACACUAACAAUAUUGCGACAUCCUACUUAAAAAAUAUCGAUAUCUUCCUCUUAAGAUAGCUGCUGCCACAUUUUGUAAACUAUCUAAAUCCUUUUAUUGUCACAUGCUCCAUAUCUCUUAAAAAAAAAAGUUUAUCUUACGCUCCUGACUCGACCUCUAAAAAACAUUCGUAGCACAGUCCUAUGACUAUAUUUGGGCAUAAAAAUUAGACCCCACUCCCUCAACCGAGCUGACUUUUUGAGAAAAGUCAAAAGUCUUAGACACUUCUCGACCGACCUGCAGCCAGGACAGAAGCUUCUCUCCAGCACCCCUUUAGGGUCUCUUAACAAUCUAGCCUACUAGUGGCUUAGUCAGAUCAGUAUUUUUCAAUUGUUAAUUAUUCGGUGCAACGAUCUUGUGCAUUCUUGGGCCAUUGCGAGCGAUCCUGCCGAGACCAGCUUCCUAUUCUUAGCGCAGAACUUGAGUCAUCCAUCCUCCAGCAAUUACACUUUUCAUUGUCGACUAAGAUCAGAGAACCAGCAGAAAACAUGAAGAUGAAGAUUAAAAUCUCUCCAAAUAUCAAAGAAGUUCUUUCCGACAUACUAAAUUUCUUGUUUCUACUUUUGAAAAUUCUCUAUUAUAUCUGCGAAGGAGUGUACAGAUUAUUUGUCCCAAAAAAGAAAAAAUGCGUGACUGGUGAAAUCGUCUUGGUAACUGGUGCAGGUCAAGGAAUUGGCAGGGAAUUAGCAAUUGGUUAUGCAUCUUUAGGAGCGACAGUAGUAUGUUGGGACAUUAAUAAAGAAACCAACGAGCGAACAAUGAACGAGAUUAAAAGAAUGGGCAAUAGUUCGGUAUAUGCUUAUCGCUGCGACAUAUCAGACAGAAAUGAAAUCUUCGAGACAGCCGAAAAAAUGAGAAAGGAAAUCGGCGAUGUUACUAUUUUAGUCAACAAUGCUGCCAUUGCACCACUUGCAACAUUCGAAGAUUAUAGUGCCGAUGAGAUUUCUUCGGUUAUGAAUGUCAAUCUUAUAGCGCACUAUUGGAUGAUGAAAGUAUUCUUGCCAAGUAUGGUCGAAAAAAAUCAUGGUCAUGUGGUAGCAAUUUCAUCAAUAUUAGCACUAUGUGGCGGACAAUUUGGAACGCUUUAUUGCCCUACGAAAAGUGCAGUCCGAGCACUUAUGGAAUGUAUUCGCGAAGAACUGCGGGUGAAUACUAAAGGAAAGUCUUCCGUUAAAUUUACUACCAUUCUCCCGGGUCUAGUUACUACCGAUAUGACCAGAAACUUGAGACUAAGGUUUCCACGUCUCGUUGGACUUUACUCACCGCGAGAAGCGGCCUCAUUAAUAAUUGAUGCACAAAGGAGAGAUAUCAUAGAAAAGCUUUUCCCUUCAUACUGUCGACCAAUACUUAUAAUUAUAAGACUUCUUCCGGACAAGGUACAAAUGUGCAUCGCGGACUGGCUUGAGAUUAAUGUCAUAGACAAUUGAAUAACG